UACAUGAAAGAGAAGCCAAGAUGAAGUUCCAGGCUUUGGCUGCUGUUCUUCUCGUCUUUCUCAUUUCUGCAAGGGAAAGCAAAUCAGCCCCUGUUGGAUUGCCUGGUAAUCCUGUUCCAAAUGUUGGACUUCAGAAUGUUGCAAAUGCGGUACCAGCAGAGGUUAACGAUCCGAGCAGUGGUCUUCCGAAUGUGCCAGUUGCACAGGAUAAUAUUCCUAAUGCUGGUCUUCUGAAUGUGCCAGUAGCUGCAGUUAAUGUUCCAAACCUUGGUCUUCCGAACGUGCCAUUAGCUGCGAUUAAUGUUCCUAAUGUUGGUCUUCCAAAUGUGCCAGUAGCUGCGGUUAAUGUCCCUAAUGUUGGUCUUCCCAAUGUGCCGGUAGCUGCAGCUAAUGUUCCUAAUGUUGGUCUCCCAAGUGUGCCUGUAGCUGCGGUUAAUGUUCCUAACGUUGGUCUUCCAAAUCUGCCGGUAGCUGCAGUUAAUGUCCCUAAUGUUGGUCUUCCCAAUGUGCCGGUAGCUGCAGUUAAUGUUCCUAAUGUUGGUCUUCCCAAUGUGCCGGUAGCUGCAGCUAAUGUUCCUAAUGUUGGUCUCCCAAAUGUGCCUGUAGCUGCGAUUAAUGUUCCUAACGUUGGUCUUCCAAAUCUGCCGGUAGCCGUGGCUAAUGUUCCUAAUGUUGGUCUCCCAAAUGUUCCGGUAGCUGCGGUUAAUGUUCCUAACGUUGGUCUUCCAAAUGUGCCAGUUGCUGAGGCUAAUGUCCCUAAUGUUGGUCUUCCAAAUGUGCCACUAGCUGCAGUUAAUGUUCCGAACGGUGGUCUUCCGAAUGUGCCAGUAGCAGAAGUUAAUGUUCCUACCGUUGGUCUUCCAGAUGCACCAGUAGCUGCGGUUAAUGUUCCUAAUGUUGGUCUUCAGAAUGCACCAGCAGCUGUGGCACAUGAUGCAAAUGUCCUGGACCUUCUCCAUAAAAAAGCACCACAGAUAUCUGUUGCAAAUGUUCGCCUUCGGAAUAAUCCCAGGGAAUUAGCACCACAGAUUGCUGUGGCAAAUAUUGAUCUAGUGAAAACUCCCAGUGGGGAAGCACCAGAACUUCCAAGUGCAAAUGUUCUGAACAAAGAUAUACUAAAGCUUCCCAUUGAUCUUCCAAAUGUUCAGAAGAUAAUACCAAAGGUUCCUGUUCCAAUCAGCCCUCUUUCAAAUGCUGAGAAUGCGCUACCAGUACCAGCAGAGGUCAAUUAAAGUCCACAACUUACCGAAGACUACAAUGACCUACUGAUCUUUUGCUUUCUGCCCUGCCACCUCAAGCCAAUCAAAUGAAAACAAAGAAUCACCGAUCUUACUAACACGAUGUGGAUAACUUCUGUAAUACUUACUGAUUGGUCACAUUUAUAACAAAGGACAAUGAGGACUAUCCCUUUUCUGA